CGGGGACAUGGCCACUGGUACGGCGGCCCGCAGUGGCAGCGUCUGAGGGUGUAACUGGCGACCCGCGGGUGCAGGAGAGGAAUUGUUUUUACCUACACUGUGAGAUAGUGGUAUGGAGAAUGGUAUGAAUGAGAGCCAAGUGGGUCUGAACAAGAAUGGCACACAUGCAAUUAUACCCUCUCCUGUGGUAUCUGAGGUACAGCACAAAAGUGUCCUCAAUUCACUAAUGUCUGGUGCACUGGCUGGAGCUGUGGCCAAAACAGCAGUUGCUCCACUGGACAGAACAAAAAUCAUAUUUCAAGUGUCUUCAAACAGAUUUUCUGCCAAGGAAGCUUACAAGCUGAUCUACCGAACAUACCUGAAUGAUGGUUUCUUUAGCCUAUGGAGAGGCAACUCAGCCACCAUGGUACGUGUCAUCCCAUACGCUGCCAUACAGUUCUGCGCUCAUGAACAGUACAAGAAACUACUCGGCGAACAUUAUGGAUUCCAGGGAAAUGCUCUGACGCCGAUUCCUCGUCUUGUUGCGGGUUCGCUUGCCGGUACAACGGCCACAAUGAUUACCUAUCCCCUGGACCUUGUGCGAGCACGGAUGGCUGUCACGCCAAAGGAAAUGUACAGUAACAUAAUGCAUGUCUUCGUAAGAAUGUCAAGAGAAGAGGGUCUGAAGACUUUGUACAGAGGAUUUGCCCCAACAAUUCUUGGGGUUAUCCCCUAUGCAGGAAUCAGUUUCUUCACCUAUGAAUCCCUAAAAAAGAUGCAUGCUGAGAAAAGUGGCAGGACACAGCCGUACACGUUUGAACGUCUAAUUUUUGGGGCCUGUGCUGGACUCCUAGGUCAGUCAGCCUCCUAUCCACUUGAUGUGGUGAGAAGGCGGAUGCAGACAGCAGGUGUGACAGGACACACAUACAGCUCCAUCCUGGGUACCAUGCGUGAGGUGGUGGCAGAGGAGGGAGUAAUCCGUGGACUCUUCAAAGGGCUUAGUAUGAAUUGGGUCAAAGGUCCAGUGGCUGUUGGUAUCAGCUUCACCACUUUUGAUCUGACACAGAUUCUACUCAAGAAGUUGCAACGAUCAUCUUCAAUUCAGAGGUAGAGCUACCUGAGGACAAAGAAUGCCUGUUAGCAGUUUGGCUGCUCUUUGGGAUUGUCCUUGUAACAGAUGAGCUAAAAGAGAAUCCUUCCUGAAAAACUGAAGGCCCUGCCAGUCUAUUUGACUGACAAAUGUUGACUCUGCAUUUAUCAGAAUGAACCCUGCUGCAGACACGAAUCACACAGACAUAUAAAGGUUUUCAGUAUGGUAAGGGUGAGGAGAUGGUGUAUUAAUCCCUAAACUGAAACCCUUUUGCUGCAAAAAAGUUUAAGCGCAUGUUGCACUAACACUUUAGCACAGUCAGGCCAUAACGGAUCUUGAUAUCUUUCUAUACCAAAUUCAUCCCGGUCUGGCCUUGCAUUUUAAUAUCAGUAACUGGGUUCCUAAACUAAUAUUUGGGAGAUGUUUGUGAUUGAGUACUCAACUUACUGCCUGUAGCCCAGAGUGUAGUUGUAAUUCAUUUUUGUUUAUUGCUUCAGCUGUGACAUUUUGGGGAAGUUGCCACACUAAAUUCCUGGGGUGUAUCCUGGAGGAACAGCACAAGCCAAACACACCAGUAUUCUUUUUUUUGUUGUCUUGUUUUAUGCCAAUGACUGAGCAUUUUCAAUCCUUUAUGCCUCAUGUUUCUGUAAUCACAUUGCAGUUUGCCUUUAAUUGUGCAAUUGAGCCUCAGCCGUGCAAUGGCUUGCAGUUUAGACAUGUGGCUAAUUUUAUGGUAUGUAUGAAAUUACAUAUAAUACAUAUUUGCACCAACCUGACUGGGUAUUAUAAGCUUAUAACUGCAAGUAACGUAAUGACAGCAGUAAUAUUCACUAUUCUCUUCAUAUAUGAUACUUUUACCUCAUCACAUGCUUGAUUAAUACUUUAUUUUUUCUGAUCUGAGCACAGGGUUUCAAAAAUAUAGAAUAAGAAAAAAAUAAAUAUCCCCAGUUUGUUUUAAAAAAAAAACUAUUCUAGAAGGUAAUUUUUAAAUAUAAUUUAUAAAAUAAAAUGUUUCAUUUUAUUAUAGACAUUA